GUGUUUCUGUGUUUGUGUGUUUGUAUGUGGAGUGUAAAACUGUUACUGUUGUAUAGAGAAGAGAAACUCAAUCUCUCAACACAUCUAGAUCUCUGCCAGUCUAGCACCAUGUAUCAGUUCUUCAUCAUCAUCCUCCUUCACCUCCUUUCCUGUACCGGGGCCUCUGAGAGUGGUAUUGUGGGGGGAAACGUAGCUAAGCCCCACUCCAGACCCUACAUGGUCUCUUUACAACACAGAAAACAUCAUGUUUGUGGAGGGAUGCUCAUCCACAAGUCCUUUGUCCUGACCGCCGCUCACUGUUUGAAAGAUGCUUAUCCUUUAAAGGUGGUGCUUGGAGCCCACAACUUAAUGAAAGAGGAGAAAAAAUGUUGGCAGGAGAGUCAGGUGGUACAUUACCAUACCCACCCAUUACAUCAGAAUAUAACGCAGUUUGAUUAUGACAUCAUGAUACUGAAGUUGAAGACCCCAGCUCGUCUAUCUAAGUGUGUGAAUGUCAUUGGACUCGCAGACAAUGAAAAGCAUGCAAAAAAAGGCUUGAGCUGCUCUGUUGCUGGUUGGGGCAAGACUGAAUCAACAAACACACUUGCCUCAAACGUUUUGAUGGAAACAGAAGUAACUGUGGAGGACAACUCUAAAUGCAAGAGCGUGUGGCAGAAAUACUUUGAAGAUAAACAAAUGAUGUGUACUAAUACUAAUGCUGGGAAAGGAUUUUGUCAGGGAGAUUCUGGGGGUCCUCUUAUUUGCAAAAAUAAGGCACAGGGUGUGAUAGCUUUUCAAUAUGCUGCAGACUGUGCUGAUCACAGGUACCCUCAAGUGUACACGAAAAUACCUUUCUUCCGGUUGUGGAUUAAAGAAGUGUUGGAUGGUUAUGGUGCCAACUUGUCUUUAAGCUAGUAGGCAUAAAUAAUUACUAAAUACCCUGGAUAAUAGAAACGUUUCAUACUUCCAUGUUCAUUGAUUUUGUUGUUCACAUAUGGUUUUAUUUGUUUAUGUGUUUUAGCAAUUAAUUAUUUGAAAAUAAAUGAAAUUUU